AUGAACUCAGACCCGGAAAGGCCGUAUGUUUGUAACGCUCCUGGCUGUUCUCAGCGAUUCCCUACAGAAGACCAUCUGAUGAUACAUCGACACAAACAUGAAAUGACCCUUAAGUUUCCUUCUAUAAAGAAUGACAACUUGUUAUCAGAUCAGACGCCAACGCCAACACGCUUCUUAAAGAACUGCGAGGAGGUGGGACUGUUUAGUGAGCUUGACUGCUCAAUUGAGCAGGAGUUUUGCAAGGCCCAGGAAGAAGAGGACUCCAAACAGAACAUUGCUCUGCACAGUCAGGGUGGCCAACACCAGCAAGCCCACUCAAGAUUGGGCAACCACGAUACCAGCAUAGUGAUCCAGCAGGCUUUACCAUCUCCCCAGUCCAGCUCCGUCAUCACUCAGGCUCCAUCCACCAACAGACAGAUCGGGCCUGUCCCUGGCUCUCUGUCCUCACUGCUGCACCUACGAAACAGACAGAGACAGCCUCUGCCAGCCUCCAUGCCUGGAACACUGCCAGACCCAACCAUGCCUGGCUCCUCUGCUGUGUUGAUGCCUAUGGAGAGACAAAUGUCUAUGGGUGGCAACAUGAUGGGUAUGCAAGGUCCCGCCCACAGCAGCCCCUGUUCCUCGGCGCAUAUUCCUUCAAUGCACUCAGAGGCCAAACUGAGGUUGAAGGCUGCACUUUCACACCACCCGGGCACCAUCGCCAACGGAAACAUGAACUCCAUGGGCCAUAUGAUGGAGAUGAUGUCGUCGCGGCAGGAACAAGGCAACCACCAUCACAUGCAUUCUCACUCGCACCCGCACCAACACCUUCAAGCGGCCCAACACGCGUACCAGCAUCAUGGCCAUCACCACCACAGCCAGAGCCACGGACAAAGCCACGGCCAGGGAGGCCACCAUCACCCGCAGGGACACAACCCCCAUCACAACUCCCACAACGCUCAUCUCCAUCCUGGGCACCCACAUCAGACAUCACCACACCCUCAGAUGCACUCAGCUUCACAGAUGUCCCCCGCCACCCAGCACAUGCAGCCAACGCAGACGCUUCAUUCUCCGCCUCCGAGCAGCGGACGGCGGCGGCGAGUGGUGGACGAAGAUCCAGAUGAACGUCGGCGAAAGUUUUUGGAACGAAACCGAGCAGCGGCGACACGAUGCAGACAGAAGAGGAAAGUGUGGGUGAUGUCGUUAGAGAAGAAAGCGGAAGAGCUCACGCAGACUAACAUGCAGCUUCAGAAUGAAGUGACGAUGUUAAAGAACGAGGUGACCCAGCUCAAGCAGCUCCUCCUCACACACAAAGACUGUCCCAUCACCACUAUGCAAAAAGACUCCCAAGGUUACCUCAGUCCAGAAAGCAGUCCGUCAGGAAGUCCAUCUCCAGCUUGCACGCAGCAACAAGUCAUUCAGCACAACACCAUCACCACCUCCACCACCACCAUAGGUGGCAGCAAUGUGCACGGACAAGCCAACAGCCGAACAGACAUUAACCCCAUCCACUAG